ACGUAUUAAAUGGGAAAAAAACGAUGUAAAUUUAUUCGGAAUACCAGUGAUCUCCAUUCGGUGGCGGUUGUGCAGAGGCAACUGGACGCUGGACUGUAGUAACGACACAGGAUCUGGAAACUGCAUCACCAGCACUACUUUUGUCUCCAUGCCUACUUUUCAGUCGCGCACACUGCCACUCGAACAAAUGCAUCGGAGUACAGACCAUAAAAAUUAAUCUGGUUAGCAAUCAACUGCAGCGACGUUCCAGGUUUAUUGUACAAUUGUACAUAUGUUACAGCAUACUUCUAGAAACUCCUUGAUCAUAGAGCGCAGUUUCAUCUGUUUUGUUUAUGAGAUAUUAUUGUCCAGAAUUCUGUCCUUGACUCGAACAUGCCAAGAGCAUCAAUCAGAAACUAAUAAUUUUUUUUUCAAAUGAACGCCACUGUGGGCGACCUUAUGCACGACAGAGAGAAGCAUAAAAGCCAGUGCACUGAACGUGGUCACGACCGAAAUCCCAAAACCCUGGAUAAAGCUGAAAGAAAUCGUCUGAUGGGUCGAGGAAUAUCCGAAAUUGCCGGAUCUAUUCCGUUAUCAAACCCGAAACAAGACAAAGCGACAAUACUGGAAAAUGCCGUUUUAUAUUUGGAAUAUAUGAAUCGGAAUGUGACCAAUGUGUCAGUUUUCAAUGCGGAAUUUAUAGAAUGCAUCAAGGGAGGUAACAUUCCCGAGCCGGAAUUUCCACCGACACCGGUAUCAAAAAAGUCCAAAAAGAAAAUUCAUAAAAAAUGUAAACAGCCCAAAGCUCCGCUGAAGUUGUCCAAAUCGCGACCCACAAUAAUACGCAUCCGGUCCCAGAAACACCCGCCCAAAGAUGCACCAAAGACAGAGGCAGAUAUUACAGUCAAAGAGGAUCCGCAAUUUCCAGCCGGCAACCAAACAAAUCUUGAAGUACAAAAGCCGCCCCUGCAGAAUGCUCAAGAAUCUACCAGUUUGCGGGAUAUUACAAUUAAUGCAAAUCUGGUGUCUUUGAACGAUGCUACUGAGGAUGAACAAAAUACAGAGAGAGGCUAGUUGUAGUCGUACUGGCAGCGGUCAUUUCUAUGUAUUAAACCAAGCGAAACAAUCAACGCAAAAAUUCAACACAAGAUUAAAUAAUUAUAUCAAUCCUAAUUUGUUACUUAACAC